CUUGCUUGAAUUCUCUACUCUAUAUAUUUACGCCCAUGAUUCUCAAAUGGAGGAGGGCACUUGCAUUACCUCUCCUUCUCCCCCCUCUUCUUCCUCCCUCGCACGCGAAAUAGGCAUUCAGGGAUUUGUGAGUUUACAUGGGAAAAUCUCCUUCUUGUGACAAAAAUGGACUCAAGAAAGGUCCAUGGACUGCAGAGGAAGAUCAAAAAUUGAUCACUUACAUUCAGAAACAUGGGCAUGGAAGAUGGCGAAUCCUACCCAAAAACGCAGGACUCAAAAGAUGUGGAAAGAGUUGCCGUCUCCGGUGGACUAAUUACCUGAGACCUGACAUCAAGAGAGGAAAAUUCUCGGAUGAAGAAGAAGAGACAAUAAUUCAACUGCAUGGUAUUUUGGGAAAUAAGUGGUCUACAAUUGCUACUCGCUUGCCCGGAAGAACUGAUAAUGAAAUAAAAAACUACUGGAACACCCACAUCAAGAAAAGGCUAUUGAUGAUGGGGAUUGAUCCUGCGACUCACAAGCCACGCCUCGAUCUUCUUCAACACUGCUCGGCUCUCAGUUCGUGUCUCCACAACUCAUCUCAGCUUAGUAUUCCAAGUUUGCUUGGCAUGGGACCCAUUUUGAACCCAAAUCUCUUAAAUCUAGCCACUUCCUUCUUGUCAUGCCAAGGCAAUAUUAGCCAAGAUGUUAGUCCAAGACAUUUUCACGAAAGCCAGCGUAGAAAUAACCAAGUCAAUGAUCAAUUUCAAUGCUUACAGCCAAACGAGCUCCAAAACCAAGCCCAAGCUUGCACGAACACAUCGGGUGCUCAAUCUCUAAAUGAAACCCAAAUUAGUGAAGCCAAUUUGGAGCAACUUAUUUCUAGUGAUCCCACCAACUUUAGCUGCCAAAAUUCUUUACAAAGUUCGUGGCAUACCAUUGAAGAGACUCCCAACGUUAGUGAAAGUUUGAUGUCAAACUAUGUGUAUCAUGACUGUAAUAAUAAACCCAUCAUCAUCAACGAUAAUUCCUUUGAGACGCUACCAAGUCUGAGUUUUGGUUCGCUUCUAUCUACACCUUCAUACAACACAACUCCCUUGCAUUCUUCAUCGACAACUUAUGUCAAUGUUAGCGAUGAAGACGAAAAGAAUAUUUAUUGCAGUGAUAUGUUGUCUUUUGAUAUCCCCAGUUGCUUGGAUGGCAACAGGCUUGUAUGAGCAAAAAUAUUAGGGCAUUGUUGAUACCCAAAAUAAAUAAAAGGAUGUUUGUAUAUUA